AUGUCUUCGAUCGAGGAUUAUCCUUUCUUGCCUCCUCCGCCAGGACAGAUGUCAAACUUCGAGAAUCCUGAGACCCGGGCGCCCGCCAUCAUCAUCAUCUGUUCAACAUGUAUUGCGCUGAUGUGGCCAAUCUUCUUGCUGAGAAUCUACGCAAAGGUGUGGAUAAGCCACGCUUUCGGAUGGGAUGAUGGUCAGUCUACUGGUCCCCGCGGAUGGAUAUUUGCUAAGAUCUAG